UGAAUCAACACUUGAGAGACCACGUGCCGUCGCGAUAAAAGUGCGUACGAUCGUUCACAAACAAUCGAGACGAGCAACGGUGCACUCGGCUCCUCCGCCACACGGCUUUUUCUUCUCGAUCCUCCCGAACCGGUUCGAGUCAGUGUGGCUAGUGGCUUCGUCUCGUUUCUACGUCCAGCGCGCCAUGUCUUCCACCGAUCUGCGCUCAGGCUUCAAGAGGCUAAUGCAAGGCGAGGGUGCCUUGAAGAACACAGUGCUGACUGCACUGGCAGAGGCGAUCGGGACAUCGAUACUGGUGUUCGUAGGAUGCAUGGGAUGCAUUGGAAGCCUUGGUGUGGUGCCCUCCCAUCUUCAGAUCGCCCUGACCUUCGGACUGGCCGUAAUGCUCGUGAUCCAGUCCAUUGGACACAUUAGCCAUGCUCAUAUCAACCCAGCCAUCACGGUGGGCUCGGUGGUUCUUGGGAAGAAGACGAUUCCCGAGGGUCUGGUCUAUCUUUUGUCUCAAAUGAUUGGCUCGGUGAUAGGCUAUGGAAUGUUGAAGGUGGUGACACCAGCGGACCGGCUGACCAGCAAAAGCACCAUCGAGGCGGACAUGUUCUGCGUGACGGACCUGCACGCGGACCUAACAGCCAUCCAAGGCCUGCUGCUCGAGGGCAUAUCCACGGGGAUACUGAUGCUGGUCGCGUGCGCAGUGUGGGACAGGAGAAACGAGCACAAUACCGACUCGGUGCCAAUCAGAUUCGGCUUCACUGUCACCGUGUUGGCCCUUGCGUUUGGCCCGUACACAGGCUGCAGCAUGAACCCUGCCAGGUCAUUAGCACCUGCUCUGUGGAACAACCAAUGGUCCCAUCAUUGGAUCUACUGGUUCGGCCCUAUCGGGGGAUCCCUUUUGUCCUCCUUCAUGUACAAGACCAUCUUUGGACUGAAGGAUCUGGCGGAGGAGGCGACUGUACCGGAGACUGUGGCGCUGAACAGCGUCGAAACUCAAAAGGCUGAGCCAUGAUCCGAGAAGGAAUUGAACAGAUCAAGAAUUGUUUAUCGAAAACAUUCGAGUUACGGAUCGAUCGGCAUUUCAUCGAGAAAUCACGAGGACCACUAAACAUAGGACAUCGUAAUUCAAAGGAAGAUCAAACGGACCAGGCUUACUCGAAGAACGCGAUACACCAAGACUUCCGGUAGAGGUGUCAUGAUGUAUCGCGGACAUCGUCCUCGAACGACCCACGAAAUUGCAGGACUGUACUAUGUAGGGAUUUUGCUAAGUUACCUAUUGCUGCCAGCACACAGUCAUCAUUCCUCAACUGAAUACUCGAUUCGCAGAUCUGUGCAAAGGGUUUGACCCAGGAUUAAUUAUCCUUUCCAAUGCGUCUCAUCGCUUCGUCGAAUUUCGACAUCUAGUGGUUGUGAAUUGAACGCUUUGACGGCCACCGUCGAGAUUUUAAUUCGAUUUCGUACCCUUUAUCGAUUACAUAUGGCUGCAUAGAUGGCUUCUCUCGGUUAAAUCGGGUUUAAAUUAAUAAAAUACAUGUUUAAGUGUAUUAGAAUGUACUCUACUAUUCUUCUCGAUUGUGGUUUGCCCUCGGCACAGUUCGGCUUGAGUCGGCCGUCUAGCCACGCCCCCUGCCCUCAAGGAGGCUCCGCCCCCUACUCUUUUCCUUAACCAACGACAACCAUCUAUGCACGCGACUGUACAAUUGGAAUUUAUGUAUAUAUACGUCUUUCUUAUCUAAAAGAUUAAAUAGAAUUUGUGGCCGUCAAGGUGUUACCAUCACGUGCUUCAACAACGUCCUUUUGUUGAACCUUGCUCAAAUAUUUCAACGCUAUCAAACACACGUGUCACCAAUAUAAUUAAACGAUUCUCUAACAAUGUUCUAUAAAUAGUUGUUAGAUUGUGUAGGCGAGUAUAUUCAUUAUUCGUAACGCUUUCUGUAAGCUCGAGUACACGUGGCACGAAUUGCUCAUCAAAAUUAUGACGAAAUUAUAUGAGAAUACCUUAAUAUAUGAAUACUAUCUCUAAUUUAUCUGUAAAUUAAGUGUACAUAAAAAGGAGGAAUUAAAAAAUGAAUCAGCGAUUGAAAAUAAA